AUGGCAGCGCAUGCGGCAGGCACGCUGCAGGGCCUUCUAGAUUGGGCAGAGAGCAACAAAACUGCCACCGACAGAGUCACGGUGGCCGCCAGCAUCGUAGACGAUGCGCCGCUGCUGGUCGCAGCGCGCGAUGUCUCCGCCGGCGAGGCGAUCCUCACCAUCCCCGACGCAAACUGGGUCAACACUGCAGCCGUGGCCAAGUCCCCGAUCGGCCCCAAGGUCGCGGGCCUCGAGCCGUGGCUGCAGCUCGCGCUGCUGCUGCUGCACGAGCGCCGCGGCGGCGGUGGCGGCGUAGGCGGCGGCGCCGCGCCGGCCGCGUUUGUCGCGUCGCUGCCGGCGGCGCUCGACACGCCGCUGUUCUGGAGCGACGACGAGGUGGACCUGCUGCAGGGCACGCAGCUGCUGCAGCAGCUGUACGGCUACAGGCAGUUUUUCAGGCAGACGUUUGCUGACAUGGAGGAGGGGCUGUUUGCCCCCGACCGCGCCCUGUUCCCCGCCGACGCAUACACCUACGAGUCCUUCGUCUGGGCGGUGGCGACGGUGCGCAGCCGCACGCACGCGCCUCUGGACGGCGGGGCCAUCGCGCUGGUGCCGCUGGCCGACCAGCUGCCGCACCGCCGCGCCGCCAACUGCGUGUGGCGGGCGAAGCAGCAGGGCCUCUUCGGCCGCGGGCAGUCCCUGGUGGUCGAGGCGACGCGCGCCAUCCGCAAGGGCGAGGAGCUGUCGAUGGACUACGGUCCGGGCAAGCUGGACUCUGGACUGUUGCUGGACUAUGGCGUCCUGGACACCACUUGGCCCCAGGCUUAA